AUUUAAAAUACGAGUUGUGGGUUUGUUUUUAUUUUGUUAUUGUGGUAAUAGAACGUGAAUUAGAGAUUUUAACGAAGUAUUUAGUUGAAAAAAUGGUUAAAAAUUAAUUAUUUAUUAUACCACUACUACUAGUAUUAAUACAAUUUUUAUACGAUUUCAAAAGUGAGUUUACUUUGCUUGAUAAGUUGAUAACCAGUAUUUGUUUGUAAAGUUUUCCAUUAAAACCAGCAAAAUGGGUGAUUACCCAGACCCCGAUGAAGAAUAUGAGCUGAUGUAUGCGGAUGACCUGGAUCUGCUUCGUGAAAUGGAUGACGAAAACGAUACAAAUCCUGUAAGGAAAAAUGCAAAUCCUGCCAAGAGAAGUCUAGACUUUUCCAGUCCAGUACCUGCAAAGUCAUUAGCAGAAAAGAGAAAUAAUGCAGAAAAUAAUGAAAAUCUUAAUAAUUCAUUAACUUUCUCUCAAAGUGUGCAACCAUUAGGAGAUAUACUCACUCAGGAAAGUGUAAUAAAUGCAGAAGAAAGUACAGUUACUUCAGUAAAUACAUCAAAUAAAAGAACAGCAGAAGACUUAUUUGGUGAUAUUAAUGAUAUAGAUUUUGAUAAUUUAGAAUUACCAAGUAAAAGGCAGAAAACUGAUGAAGAAAAUGAUAUGGACUUAAUAAAUAAGAUAAUUGAAGGUAGAAAAAUUAGGCAAAUGUUGGAAGAACCUUCCAGUAAAGGUUACAUUGAUAAGAAAGUUAGUUUUAAUUAUAAGGAUAAUCUUACAAGGAUUAUUCCAAGGUGGCCAUUUAUUCCCUUCACUAAAUGGGAUGGAGACAGAGUUUACGUCCGACUAGAGUCAGAAGAGUCAUGGGAGGAUUCUUUGGACAGUGUUACAGAAAAGUUGACUUUUCAGAACUCUUAUGCUGCCACUUGGGAGGAGGCUAGAAAAAUUUUAGCAGCAAAGAAUGAACAAAAGGAAACAAACGUAUCAAAUGAACCUGAGCAAGAAACAGAAAAUGAUGAUGCAAUGAGUGACCUUUGGGUAGAGAGGUAUCGACCAAAGUCAUACAUCGAUCUGCUCUCUGAGGAGCCAGUGAAUAGAGCAUUGCUGCAUUGGCUGCAUUUGUGGGAUAAGGUGGUUUUCAAAAAAGACUUCAAAACCAAAGAGCCACAGCAUCGCAAUACGUUCAGCAAACGUACAGGCCAGUUCCAGUUAAGCAACACGUGGAAAGGCAAGAAAGAGGAUGAACCAGAGAUAGAUGAAGAUGGCCGACCACACCACAAGGUGGCGCUGCUGUGCGGGCCGCCGGGCGCUGGGAAGACUACGCUAGCGCAUCUGUUGGCAAGGCUUGCGGGUUACAGGCCAGUAGAACUAAACGCUUCGGACGAGCGAAGCACUGAAGCGUUCCAGACAGCGUUGCAGAGCGCUACGCUCAUGAGGUCUGUGCUCGAUGCUGAUAGGAGACCCAAUUGCCUUAUAUUAGAUGAAAUAGAUGGUGCUCCGAUACAGACAGUGGAGUUGUUAGUCAAAUGGUGCACCGCAACAGCGGGCAAGAAGGAAGAUGGCAAGAAGAAAGGCAAGUCCCAACCAUUGAAGAGACCUGUCAUAGCCAUAUGCAACGACUUGUAUGCCACCUCUUUGAGACCAUUGAGGCCAGUGUCUCUGAUAGUGACAGUGGGGUCGAUAUCCACUGUCCGUCUGCAGGCGCGGUUGUCACUUGUCGCCAAGUGUGAGAAGCUGCGCAUACCGCCGCGUGUACUGAUGGCGGUAGCAGCGCGCGCGCUGGGCGACAUCAGAGCUGGGUUACACGUGCUUAGCUUCUUUAAGGCCAAGGCUAAAGCGCAGAUGGACAUAAACGAUAUUAUGGAGAACACAUCUAUCGGCAUCAAAGACAACGCGAAAAGUAUGAUGCAGGCGUUACAGGCGAUAUUCACUGUUAACGACGCCGACCCGAACGCCAUCUUGAAAACGAUCCAAGCGGCCGGUGAAUAUGACAGAUUAGUGGAUGGCAUAUUCGAGAACUACCUGACAGUGCGCAGCGACUCGCGCCUGCUUAUAGCCAGCGAGACAAUGUCGUGGCUGCGACUGUACGACACGAUCAACAGCUGGACGCUGCGCCAGCAGAACUACUCGCUGUACUCCAUGCUGCCGAUAUGUAUAGCUCGAUGUCAUCGCUUACUGGCCACGAGACAACCUGUCAAAUUGAGGUUCCCUAUGCAGGCGCAAGAGAUGUAUCGGAGGAAGACGGAACUGGACAGCACAGUAUGGUCAGUGUGGCGGGGGAGUGCAGCGAGUGUGGCUACCACUCGCUCUGCCCUUCGACUGGACAUAUUGCCUUUGCUGCCUUACUUACUGUCACCAGUUUUAAGAUCCGCCAAUGUGCAGUUGUGCAGCGAGAGCGAGCGCAAGUCGCUGGGUGCGUGCGCGGGCGCGAUGUGUGACUACGGGCUGCAGUACGUGCAGCAGCGCACGCCGGAGGGGCUGUACGCGUUCGUGCUGGAGCCUGAUGUGUACAAAAUUGCGUUUUUCGGUAACGAAGAGCGCGCGCGUCCCCCACCCGCCGUGCGCCAGGCCAUCGCGAGGGAGCAGCAACUUGAAGUUAUCAGGAGGAACGAUGAAAUGAUGAGUCGCAUGAGCAGUCGAAGUAAGAGUUCAAGUCAGGCUCCGAAGUCAAAGCCGACCAGUAAUUCGCCCGCCGUGGAAGAGAAGGAGAUGCGGAUCCCUAAUCACUUGCAACGGUUACAGCCAAAGGUGUUACAGAAAAGCGUCCCACAAGUACAAAAAGAUUUCUUCGGCCGCGUCGUGCCUAUUGCUCAAGUACAGAAACAAGAUGCUGUAUCGGACGUGAUAUCGUCUAGUAGCGUGUUCUACCAGUACCGAGAGGGCUUCAACAACGCUGUGCGAAGGAACGUGCGAAUGAGAGAUUUGUUAUAAAAAACAAUGGGGAUGAUGACGGUGGAUGGUUUGAAUAUAUUGAUUUUUAUGAUACAUUCGGGUAAAUAAGGUCAAUGUUAACUAAUUUAUACAUAAAAAGCGAAGAUUGUCUGGAUAUUUGCAAAAUAAAUAAGAUUAUAAAAUUUCAAAAUCUAUGAAAUUUUUUUUAUCGUAAUUAGAUGAAAAUUCAUACAGUUUUAGCUUCCUUACAUUAAAUGUGACAUUUUUCAAUAAAUGAACUAUAAACAUAAACGCAAAAAUAACAAAGAUAUUAGUAAUUUUGUUUGAACGCCCAUACAAACCUAACGAUCAGCGAGCCAACGACGUCACUAAAUCGUGCCAUUUUGUAUGGAGCGUUUUUCAGGAAUCCGCGGCAGCGCCGCAAAUCUGACCCUUUAAAUUCCUGUAGCUCCGAAAGUAAUGAUCGCAGAUACCCUGUUACUUUUACAAAAUUGCUUCGCUAUUAGUAUACUCUUAAUUUAUAUACAAUUUAAAAAUCUGUCAUCAUCCCUAUUAUUUGCCAAAUUGUAUAGAUUUUGAGUCUCUUGAGAAUGUCGAAAUAUGCGUUCUGUGUGACAUGAACGAACCUAUUUUUUUUAGUUUUUUUUACUUAAAGUUUGAUUUCUUAAAGACCUAUUUAUUGGGUAUAUAUGGUAUCAAUAUCAACUCGGUACCUCCAUUGCGCUCCCGAGAUAAGUUAAAUUUACUUUUCCUUAUGUAUAUUUGUAUAAUAAAGUAUGUAAAACAUAGAGUAACUUUUACAUUUAAUAAUAAUAUAAUAUAUAUUUAUUACAAUAA